AUGACCUCCGCGACGGCAGAGACGACGGCUCAGCUGCAGUACACGCAAUACGGCAGCCCCCUCAAGAUGGUUCAUGUGCCCAAGCCUGCGUUGGCCCCCGAGGAGGUGCUGAUCCGGCAGCGCGUCAUUGCACUCAACCUGAUUGACGUGAAGCAGCGAGAUCUGGGUGGCAUCCUAAUCCCGCACUGGCCAUGGGUGUUGGGCAUCGAGGGCGCCGGCAUUAUCGAAGCCGUGGGCUUGGAUGUGCGCGGCCUACAGCCGGGCGACGAGGUCAUGGCCUGGGAGGGCGGCGGCGCGAUCGCAGCCGGUGUCGAGUUCUUUCCACACGGCGGCGCAUACCAAGAGCACGUGGCGGUGCCGGCGUUCUUUGUAGGCAAGAAGCCCAAGAACAUUACUCUUCAAGAGGCUGCAUCACUGCCCAUCUGCUUCGUCACCGCCGUCUGCACCAUUGUCAACAGCCUCAAGAUCCCGCUGCCCUUCCUGCCGGGCUUGUCAACCGACGGGCAGGCUCCCUCCUCGGUGCUUGUCCUGGGUGGUAGCUCCGUCACGGGCGCCGCGGCGAUUCAACUCCUGCGAGAAGCCUACCCAUCACUGCCUAUUCUGGCAACGAGCUCAACGAAGCACUUCGCACGACUUCACGACCUCGGCGCUACCUCCGUCGUCAAUUACAGGUCUCCAUCUGCGGUGGCUGAUAUCAAGGCCGCGUCGCCAGGAGCCGCCGGCGUCGAUGUGAUUAUCGAUUGCGUGUCGGCCGGUGCCAGCCAGACCGAUAUAUGCGACGUACUUGACCCCGCUGGCUCAAAGCAUUACGCUGCUGUCAUCACCGGCGUACCGGUUCCAGUACCGGAGGGAGUCACCUUGGUUGACGGCAACGCAUAUUCCAUGCUCGACAUGCAGGGUGGCAGGCAGCUCAUCUCUUCGCUCACCAAGCUUGUGGAGGAGGGCAAGUACAGGGUGCCACUACCGGUCAGGGUUGUUGGGCAUGGAUUAGAAGAGCUUCCCAAUGUCAUGGACGAGGUGAAGAGUGUCAGUGGAGAGAAGGUGGUCGUGACGCUGUAA